AUGACCGGAUGGGUCAGCCUGCGCAUGAUCUCUCUCGGCUUGCUGCUGUUCCUAAGCGGACCCUCUUCCUCUGCUGCUGCCCAGGGGAGGUCCAGGUGCACGAGCGCGGACCAGCUGGAUAAAAGAGCCAACAAGUUUCUGGAGAGACACAGGAGCGCGCUCAGCUCCACUCCGGAGCCGCAGGGCGCGAGUACGUGCGCGGAGGCGGCCGAGGUAAUGCGCGGGGACGUGAACCGGCGCUCCCUGUCACCGUGGACGUACAAUAUCACCCGGGACGACAGCAGGUUUCCUCACGAGAUCCCCGUCGCCGUGUGUCUUUGCAACGGCUGCAUCAUCAACCAGCGCGAAGACACGAGCUACAACUCCGUCCCGGUGAUGGCUCGGAUGAUGGUUCUGAGGAAGACCGCGUGCCCACAGGACACGACCAAAUACGCGGUGAAAAAGGUUUUCGAGAACAUCGCUGUGGGCUGCACUUGUGUUGUUCCCAAGUCCUCGAUCUAACCAUCGUAAUCACAUCGGGGCUGAGUCUUUAUCAAACCAAGUUAACCCAAAAAACAAGAUCUUCCGUCCUGUAGCUUGGGGUUACAUUCAACUGCUUCUGUGUUUUCUAUGAAUGCGUCACUA